AUGGCAGCGCCGUUCAUAGCAAUUUGGGCUCCUUUAGAGUAUUUCAAAACGGGCGAACAUGUGGUAGAAGCUGACAUACCCAGCUUCAAGGCUGUUCAAGGCUUCAAUAGGUCGCGAAACUUGGACCCGGUGGCAUUCAAGGGCUCGGAAGACGACAUUACGGUGUUGUGA